AUGUCGGAAAAUUCCAACAAGACAUCUUAUGAGGCUUUAAAAAAUAUCACCGUUAAAGAUCUUAAGGAUGAUAAAUCUUUCGAAGCAAAUAAAAUUUGGGAAAAUAAUCCGGCUUUGAUAUUCGUUGGCAAACCUGGUUGUCAAUUAUGUCGUGAAGAGUCAUCAAAACUGGUGUCAUUUAAAAACUUAAUUUCAGAUAAAAUGGGCUUAAGAAUGGUAGCAAUUGUUCAUGAAAAUUUAGAUAAUGAAGUCGAAGAAUUUAAUAAUGGGUUUUGGAAAGGAGAAGUAUAUUUAGACGAAAAAAAGGCCUUUUAUACUGCACUUGGUGGUGGAGAGAUAAGAUAUGGUGGAUACAUGAGCAUAUUUAAACCUUCUGUUUGGAUGAAUAUCGGAAGAAAUUGGAAAACAGGCGUACAAGGCAAUUACAAAGGAGAGGGUAGAAUUUUAGGAGGGUUAUAUAUUUUAAAACCUGGCACAGCGGGAGUUCAUUAUCAACACAAUGAAAAGGUGUGGGGGGAUGUUGCACCAUUAGAUCAAGUUUUAACCGCUUGUUUAGAAGUCUCGCCUAAAAAAGAUGAUAAAUCUAUUCAAGAAGAAGUGUCAAGUAUCAUUGAUAAAUUUAAGAAAGGAGAAUUAGUUAUUAAUGAUAAAUUAUUGAGUAAUGAUCCACCAGCAACUUGUAAUUCAAUAGAAGCUUGCACAUAG